CUCACUGGAGUGCAACAGAGUCGAAAUCUACUUUAUCCUGUGAAAUUGUUCUGAAUCCUGCAAGACUCCAAUGUUCCUCAAGGCUUUGGUCUGCCUUCUCCUCUUCCUCCUCCUCCACAGGAGAUCGAGUCUUGCAGCCUCUUCCAGUGGAAGUGAUGAUGGUGAUGAUUUCAUCUUCAAUGGAUUCGGAGGAGCUAAUCUUACUCUCGACGGGGUCGCAUCGAUCACUUCCACUGGUCUUCUGAUGGUCACCGACGCGUCAAUGGAGACGAAAGGCCACGCCUUCCACCCAUCCCCACUUCGCUUCAGAGACAUGUCUAAUGGUACAGUCAUCUCCUUCUCCACCACCUUUGCUUUCGGAUUCAUCUCAGACUACCCAGGUCUUAGUGGCCAUGGCAUGGCCUUCGUGAUUGCACACACCAAGGACUUCUCCAAAGCCUUAGGAAGUCAGUUCUUAGGCCUUUUCAACCAGAGCAGCAAGGCUUACAGCUCAAGCAAUCAUGUCCUUGCGAUUGAGCUUGACACAAUCCUUAGUCCCGAUUUCCAAGACAUCGACAACAAUCAUGUCGGGAUCGAUAUCAACACCUUGAUAUCCAACAAGUCCCACACCGCUGGUUACUAUGAUGACCACACUGGUUCGUUCGAAAGAUUAAGCCUUGGAAGUGGCCAAGCCAUGCAAGUUUGGAUAGACUACCAUGCUCGAGAUAUGCUACUUAAUGUUACCUUAGCUCCAAUCCCGAUGGCCAAACCCCAUAGGCCUCUCUUAUCUGCGGUCAUCGAUCUUAAAAGCGUGUUAUUGGAUCUCAUGUAUGUUGGAUUCUCCUCCUCCACUGGUCCUUGGCUAACAUCUCAUUACGUCCUUGGUUGGAGCUUUAAGAUGAAUGGCGUAGCCCAAGCUCUCGACCUCUCCCUGCUGCCUUCUCUUCCUCGUGCGAAAUCAAAUCACAAGUUAAAGGUUUUGCGCAUCGGGCUACCCUUGGCCUCAGCUACACUUGUUUUAAUCAUCGUGGGGAUCGUCGUGUUCAUCCUGAGACGGAGGACCAAGUAUUCAGAGCUCCUGGAAGACUGGGAGCUCGAGUACGGGCCUCAUCGGUUCUCCUACAAGGAUUUGUUCAAGGCUGCCAAGGGUUUCAGGGACACGGAGCUUCUCGGAAGAGGCGGGUUCGGGAGAGUGUACAAGGGUGUGCUACCGUCUUCUAGAUCGGAGGUUGCAAUUAAAAGAGUGUCCCAUGGAUCAAGACAGGGUAUGAGAGAGUUCGUUGCAGAAAUCGUCAGCCUCGGUCGCCUCCGCCACCGAAACCUCGUCCAAUUGCUGGGCUACUGCCGACGCCAAGGAGAGCUUCUGUUGGUGUAUGAUUAUAUGCCCAAUGGCAGCCUCGAAAAGUUCCUACAUGAUCAAGCUAAGCCUACUCUGGAUUGGGCGACCCGAUUUCGGAUCAUCAAAGGCGUGGCUUCAGGUCUAUUAUAUCUUCACGAAGACUGGGAGCAAGUCGUCAUCCACAGAGACAUUAAGGCGAGUAAUGUGUUGCUCGAUAAUGAAUUGAAUGGAAGGUUGGGUGACUUUGGCUUAGCAAGGUUGUACGAUCAUGGAACGGAUCCACAGACCACUCAUGUCGUGGGAACUAUGGGUUAUCUUGCUCCCGAGCUUGCUCGAACCGGCAAGGCGACUGCCGUCACCGACGUGUUUGCGUUCGGGGCAUUCCUUCUGGAGGUUGCUUGCGGCAGGAGGCCGGUGGACCCGACGGCGCACGAGGAGCAGCUGGUUCUACAGGAUUGGGUGGUGGAUAUAUGGCGGAAGGGAUCGAUACUGGAGACGAGGGAUCCGAGGCUGGGAGAAGAGUACGCGGUGGAGGAGGUGGAGCUUGUUCUGAAGCUUGGACUGCUGUGCUCGCAUCCGCUGCCCACAGCGCGGCCCAGCAUGCGCCAAGUCGUGCGGUACUUGGAAGGCCAUGCGCCACUCCCGGAGCUGUCGCCCGCGAACCUGAGCUUCAGCCUUCUCGCGCUGCUUCGCAAGGAAGGUUUCGAUGACCAUAUCAUGUCGUGUCCUUCCUCCUCGGUGGCUACUGCAUCUAUGCUUUCUGGAGGUCGAUGACCGAGUGUCCAUGAACAGAUUGGAAUUGUAAUUGAUGUAAUGAUAUUGGAAUCGUAAGCACAUAAUGUGUAAAUACAAUAUCAAUAGUUGGUUUGGGCCCAUUUGGACCACCGUCAACCU